CUCAAUGUAUGCAACACUUGAGAUAAUUAUUUGCAAUUGAUUCGGAUAAACAAUUGGAUGUGAAAGAGCCAAGAAUUGAUAAAUUGAGAUGCAAACUCGUUGCUUUACAACAGUGCAUUUUUGAAGCCACGCGAAGAACAUAAUUAACACAUACAGGCGUUGGUUAGUGUUUAAUCCUACAUAAAUAUAUGAAAAUGAGAGGAAUUGCUGCCUGUCUCGUCGCAUAUUUUGGCAUUCUUGGGAUGCUCACGAUGGCACAAAAACCCUGGGAGCCGACACCACGACCUGAUUCUUGGUGGGUGGACCGACACAAUCAAUUUGUUCGACAGUCACAGCAAAAUGCGUCCAAUAUUGAAAUCGUGUUUGUGGGGUCCUCCAGCAUUGAACAGUGGUCCUCAACAGGUCAAGCCCUCUGGAACUCAAAGUACGCUCCCCUCGGCUCUAUAAACUACGGUAUCGGCGGAGAUAGAAUUGAAAACUGCCUUUGGCGAGUUAUGAACGGGGAAUUGGAAGGAUUAGACCCAAAAAUGGUUGUCCUUUACUGUGGAUCAAAUAACAUUGGAAAUCCAAACAAUACCGAAAUUAUGAUGGGAAUCACAGCCACAAUUGAUGAAAUUCAUCGAAGACUGCCAAAUACCACCGUUCUCUACAUGUCCCUCAACCCAAGGGGGGACAUACAACCAGUCCCAACCAUGUUGAACAGGACCUUAACAAUCAAUCAGGAAUUGACACUGGUUCAUGACGGAAAAAAUAAGACUAUUGUAUUCGACAUGUUCGACUCCCUGAUCAUCUCGAUGGAACAAAUUAAUACGUUUUAUUUCCAGCCUGAUAAUUUGCAUCUUAAUUUACAAGGCUACCAGUUGUGGGAUAGAUUGUGGAAUAACACGUUUUUUGGUGGAUUAAACUGAGUAAAAACAAAAUAUUUUUUUUGGUUAAAAAAUGGAGUUAAAUAAAUUAAAUUAUUCAGUAA